AUGAGACUCCAUCUUAUCAGUGUGGGCCUGAUCUAUGGCGCAAUCCCGCUAGCUAGGGUGCUGGCCCAGACGUCUCCUGUCGCGGGUAUCAGCCUCCUGAAUACCUUGUCCAAUUUGGCAAAUGAGCAUGAGUCCAGUGUGCUUUCCGAUCUGGUGUCGAACCUGCAGCAGAUCGGGUCAAUUCCUCCACCGAACACGCCCGAGGAAGCAUUGUUGGCCCUCCAACACAGCUCUGGCUUGUCAACUGGGUUCUCGAGCGUUGUGGACAUUGCCCAGGAUGGAUACACUGACAGCGAGCUCAACUCGCUCGACAACCGGAACCCAAAUCCCAACGACGAGAUAUAUCCCAAAAGCAAGGACGAUGCCCCGUACUCGCUGUCCGAAGCAACACUCCGAUCAGCCAUAUACAUGCCCGAGUCUUUCGGCUGUGGCCGCAACGGAAAGACCCCAGUCAUUCUGAUACCCGGCACGGCCAUUCCAUCCGGAACCACCUGGUACUAUAGCUUCAGCAAGCUCGGCAACAGCACCAACGCCGACGUGGUCUGGGUGAAUAUGCCACGAGCCUCACUCAACGAUGCACAAGUCAACGCCGAAUAUGUCGCGUAUGCUAUCAACUACAUCUCAUCGCUCUGCAGCAAACCAACCGCCUUAAUCUCUUGGUCCCAGGGCGGCCUAAACACGCAAUGGGCACUGAAGUAUUGGCCCUCGACGCGACCAGCUCUCCAAGAUUUCAUCGCCAUGAGCCCUGAUUUCCACGGCACCGUCGUCGAAGCAGCAAUCUGUCCCGCCCUCACCUACGUCGCCUGCACGCCCUCCAUCCUCCAACAAGCCUGGACCUCCCAAUUGAUCCAAACCCUCCGCUCCUCCUCCGGCGACUCAGCCUACGUCCCGACCACAAUCAUCUACUCGUCCUUCGACGAAAUCGUAGAACCCAUGUCCGGGCCCAACGCAUCCGCCAUUUUAAGCGACGCGCGUAAUGUCGGCGUCACCCACGCACACCUGCAACGCAUCUGCCCGACCAGCCCGCAGGGGGGGUUUUAUACGCACGAGGGCGUUUUGUACAACCCCCUUGCGUGGGCACUUGCGAUUGACGCCAUCACGCAUCCCGGACCCGGCAGCCUUACGCGGCUGGAUCUGAAGCAGGUGUGCGGAAUGGCGUUGGCGCCCGAGCUGGAUUUGACCGAUCUGCUUGGUACCGAGGGUCUGUUGUUGAUUGCGGCGGCGGAGCUGGGGACUUAUGAGCCCCAGGCCGCGCGCGAGCCGGCUAUCGCAGGCUACGCGUCGAAUGGAGGCGGGGCUUAG